UAUAAAUACCCAUCAAACUCACCCAAUGACCGUAUCUCCAAAGUCCAAACUUUCAGAACAUUCCCUGCUAAAUUCCCAUACAUUCAUUUUUGCAUCAAAAUCUAUCGUUGUCCCUUCACGACUCUAGGCCGCCGAGCUAGCUAGUUAGAAAAUGGUCGUGUCAACUGCAAGCCCAAACAUUCGAUAUAGGAAAACUUGGGCAAUCGGGAUCCCGAUCAUUGAUCUCUCGCUCCAAAGGUCUGAGCUCUCAGAUACAAUCGUGAAAGCAUGCGAGGAGUUUGGUUUCUUCAAGGUCAUCAACCACGGAGUGCCACGGGACACAGUCACGAGGCUCGAGGAGGAGUGCGUUGAGUUCUUCGCAAAGCCCGCCUCAGAGAAGCAUCACGCUGGCCCUGCGAACCCGUUCGGGUAUGGAUGCAAGAACAUCGGCCCGAAUGGGGACAUGGGAGAGCUUGAAUACCUUCUUCUUCAGUCUGAUUCUUUGAGCGUUGCCGAGAGAUCAAAAACUAUCUCCGACGACCCGAACAAAUUCAGCAGUUCCGCCGUGAAUGAGUACACAGAAGCAGUGAGGGGGCUGGCGACCGAGGUUCUUGAUUUGGUGUGUGAGGGUCUAUGGCUCUCAGAUAGGACGGCCUUCAGCAGGCUCAUCAGAGACGUCCAAAGUGACUCCCUCUUGAGGAUCAACCACUACCCUCCGAGCAACAAGGGCCUCAAGGCCACCUGGGACCCGCCUAUGAAGUUUGACCAGCUCCCCCACACCCACGGUAGGAUCGGUUUCGGAGAGCACUCCGACCCUCAGAUCCUGACCAUCUUGAGAUCCAACGAUGUCGAGGGCCUCCAGAUCUGCUCGCCCGAUGGCCUGUGGGUCCCCGUGCCCCCCGAUCCUGACCAAUUCUACGUAAUUGUUGGUGACGCAUUACAGGUUCUGACGAACGGGAGGUUCACGAGCGUAAGGCAUAGGGCGAUACUGUCAAACUCAGCAAAGCCAAGGAUGUCGAUGAUGUACUUCGGGGCACCGACGUUGAAUUCGUGGAUCAAACCCCUACCCGAACUAGUCUCGCCCCACAGGCCCAAUCUUUACAAGUCCUUCACCUGGGGUGAGUACAAGAAAGCGCUUUACACACUGCGGCUGGCGGAUUCCCGACUCGACCUCUUCAAGACUCAGAAAGCGAAUCAAGAAGAAAAUCACAUGACUUUUGAUUGAGAAUAUAGAGUAAUUUAGUCAAUCAAAUUAUGUAGAGAGAAAAAGUUCAAAGAGGAUUUGUAAUCGUUUUUGUACAUAAGUUGUCUCGUAGAGUUGCAGUUUCUCCAUUUCAUUUUUUCUAAUUUAUCUCUUGUAUUUGAACUUUCAUUUAUUGGAAAAUUUUGUAUUCUUAUAACAUUUUCAGAAUUU